GGCGUUGUUAUUUUUCGAAAAUAAAGGCGGUGGCGCGAGCGGCGGCUGGAGCCUGAGGCCUUCAGGGGCGCCAUGGGACAGGGCAGCAACCGCUAAACAGGAUAGACCGGGCGGGAGGGGAGUGAUAGGAGAGGGCCAGGCGCCGCCAAUGAGACACUGAAGAGAAGGCCUUGGGGCCGGGGAGCGGGCCAACGAGAAGGAAACGGUCCCUGCUGCUCCCGCUUUAAACGCUCACCCUCCGCUUUUAAUCCCCGGCCCGUUCCUUUCCCCUCAAACGCCCCUCUCGCCGCCACCUUUUUUUUUAAAAGUGUCUAUUCCGCUCCCUGUCGCCAUGAGUGGGGUCAGCAGUCCCCCCAGGCAGCCGUGUAGGAGCUCGGGCUCUGGCCGCAGCCCGGGCCGGCAGCAGCCGCUGGCCCCCCUCCCUCUGGAGAAAAGCCGCUCGUGUAAAGCCCUGUUCUCGUCCGAGCCCCCGGUGCUGUCGCCGGUCACCAACCUGGCCCUCAACAUGGUCAACCUGAGUGGCCUGGGCAGUAAUUGUGAUACACCGAAACGCAGGCCGAGUGGGGCCGUCUUACUCAAGACACUCUCAUCCGAUUCUGAUGCAGGGCUUUGUAUGGAUUCCCCAAGUCCAAUGGAUGAAAAGGCAAUCAAUGAAACGUUUGAAAAGGCAAUAUUAGAAUCUGGAAAAGUGAACACUAAAAAAAUCCCCAUAAGAAGAAUAAACUCCCUUCCGAUGAGGCUUCUAGGAUCAAGUCCUGCAUUGAAGUCAAGCCAGUCCAAUUCUCUGGAUUCAGAAGUAUUUCAUGAAGGAAGUGGUAUCCCCUCUACUGAAGAAAACAAAGAAAACGAAGGAUUUGAGUUCAAAAAGCCAGUUCAUCCAGUCUCUCGAAACCGUCUCUGUACCUUCUCUAGUAGGAGCCGACCAGAUCAGAGACCAAGCUCUGCACCUGCAUUAAUGUUUUCGCCUAGUAUAGGUGAUGUGUCCACUGAUGUAAGUAGUCCAAUCCUUCUACGCAGAUCAUCACUAACCUCAUCAGUUGAUGAUGAAGAUGAUGGGUUUUUGGAGUUGCUUGAUGAAGAUAUUGAGAAUGAUGCUGAUGUACCUUCUGGCAUGGCCAGCCUGCUGACUGCUCCACUCGUGGCUAGAAAAGAGAUCUCUCCAGAAACUUUGGAUGAAGCUCCUCAUAAAUGGUCCUAUGCUGAUGAUAAAUCUCCAAAUCUGGUCCCUGAAAUGCGGUCCAUUCUCAAGCGGGUGGAUCGGCCCAAAGAUGAAGAGACCCCAGUGAAGAAUAAACGGAGGAGAAGUCUUGCUGGCAUAACGGAAGAAACAAGUGCUGAGAAAGUGAAGCAGCAUUCUCUAUUGCGGUCAAAAUCUUUCUGUGAUGCUGAAAUUGAGAAAGUACUCCAAAUUGAUGAUUGCAGACGCAUGAUUGGAGAUUUUACAAAGCCCUAUAUAUUGCCCACUGUGGAGGGAAGACACCAAGAGUUACAAUAUAUAACUGCAGAGAUGGUAAUUCAGUUGGUGAAUGGGGAAUUUGAUGAAUUUGUCGAGCAAUUCCUGCUUUUUGACUGUCGAUAUCCAUAUGAGUAUGAAGGCGGGCACAUUAAAGGUUCUCUUAAUUUGCACAUGGAGGAAGAGGUGGAGAGUUUUCUGCUAAAGAAACCCAUUGUUCCAGUUGAUGAAGCUAAGCGAGUGAUUAUAAUUUUCCAUUGCGAGUUCUCGUCUGAGCGAGCCCCAAGAAUGUGCCGUUUUCUGCGUGAAAAGGAUCGUGAGGUGAAUGGCACAGACUACCCAAAACUGCAUUACCCAGAGCUAUACAUCCUGAAGGGUGGCUACAAGGAAUUUUUCCCCAAAUUUAAACUUUACUGUGAGCCGCAGAGUUACCGCCCAAUGAAUCAUGAAGAUUUCAAAGAGGAUCUUAGGAAAUUCCGCUUUAAGAGCAGGACAUGGGCAGGUGAACGAAGCAAGAGGGAUAUGUACAGCCGGCUGAAGAAGUUGUGAAGAUGUGAGCCUUUUAUGAUGGAUGGAAGGGCAGUUCUUUGAACUCCUGGGCUGGUUCCAUCUUGUAUAAUAAUGCCUCAGAUUUGGUUGUCAGCGGGUACUGCAGUUAAUUAGGAUGCAAGAACUAGUUUUCAACACUUGGUGUUUCAUUACCUGUUCUCAACAAUGUUGAGCUAGUAAGAUGUGGGCAGGGACCACAGAUCCAACUUUUUAAACUUGUGCCUAGUUUGGAGUAGAUGACUUACUCAAUAUCCAUUGGAGUAUAAAGCCAGUGGAUGGAACUGCUGUAUGAAGAUAUAAGGUUGAUUUUAACCUAUUGGGAUUCUAGAUGGCUGGCUGUUCUGAUUGUGUACACAGUUGUAAAUGCAGUUAGUGUUAAUUCUGGUACCAAUAAGGGUUUCUAAUGUUGGAUGCUCAUAGAGCUGUCUCAACAGACAGGCCAGUUAUAUGAAUAAUGAUUUGAGGAAGGAAAAAAGUGAAUGUGUUUCCUUAACAUCCACUUGAUCUUCCAAUAUGUAAAUCCACCCAGUGAGGCCAGUGCUAACAAAUAUUUGGCCUUGGACUUAAACUCAUGAUUUAAGAUCAUUGCUAACUUCCAAUUUACAUGUGGAACAAUUGGAAGUUGAACUUUGAGUCAACUUAUGAAAAAGUUGAAGUAAUCAGUCUAACUACAUUUGAGGCUACACUAGUUUGAGUAGUCUGGUCUGUUCCUUUUUUUACUAUAUUAAAACCUAGUCCCUUUUUUCCAGACUAGUUAAAUUUGAGUAUAGCACAUGGUUAAAUUUCUGAUCUGCCAAACUAUUUUGAAACCACUAAUCCUGUGAAAAUUCUGUUCAUGCUGCACUUAACAUUUGGGAGCUCAGCUCCUGUGACAUUUUGCAAUGAAUAUGGUGUCAUAUUUAUACAUUCUGCAUUUUGAAAAAUUUGCAUAAAGAACUAAAAACAUUGCCAACAUUUUUCUAUUUGUGUUAUCCACAUUUUGUUUGCCAUUCCUUUUUCAAAGAUGUAUUAGCUCAAUCAGGUGAAUAAGUUGAUGUGUUGGAGUUUUGCAUAUAAGUUCCUAAUUUAGUGCAAGUUUUGCUAAACAAUAGAUGUGCACACUUGGCAAGUUUCAAAUGGCACAUGGAGUAGCAAGUGAAAACAAUGUCAUGGUCAACCAUGAAUUUAUUUUAUAAGAUUUUAAUCUGUUCCUGAACAAUUCAAUCAUAAUUUACAAAUUUCCAUCACUUUCAUAUCUUGAAUUUUAAGUUUACAUUCUUUUCAUAUUAUGAAAAGAUGGAUGGUAAUGUGAGACUAGUGACUGAGUGGAAGGAAAGCCUUAAAAUUAGGGCUAUUCAGUGUGUUGCUGUUUGGGGCUUAUUCAUGGCAUUCCUGCGGUGGACCAUCUCCAGAUUGGCUCCUGGACACUCCUGUAUUUAACAUCCUUGUUCAUGCAACUUACUAAAAUAUCGAGCUUUUUCCCACAAGUGAAGUACUGUGAGCGAAGCAAUCCUUGCUGUUUCUUCACUGCCUUAAUUUAAAUAAGCAGUGUAUAACCUCUACAGGGGUGCGGGCAAGCAUCUGAAGCUACUGCUGCUCAUGGGAAGAGGUCUCAUUUUAGCCACUCACUUUUGAAGUCAGUUUGAGUAAUUCUAAGGUUAAGCAAGAAUGAAGUCAUGUAUAUGCAGUCUUAAGUUGAGCCGCAUGGUCUAACUUGUUAAUGUUUUAAAGUUCUGGUUGCAAUACUCUACAUUUGAACCGACAGAACGUUCUAUCAUUUGUAAAUUUCAGUACACACAGUAUGUUUGGACCAACUUAAUUAUUACUUUACCCAUAAUGUGCAUAAGUUUGAUACUUGGCCAAUUACUCAAGUGUGCCAUUUUGAACAUAAACUGUGGGGGAAAUUACAUUUAAAAUCCUGUAUCAAUCUCUAUACUGCCUGAAAUGAUCAACACGAUGUUCAAUGCUGCAUAAGCUUGUAUAUUGUUCAUUACUGCCAUGGAGAUUGAUUAAUUGAACAGUGAAAUGACUGGUAAUAAGUAUGGAGUUGGUAUGUCUUAAUGCUUGUUGCCAUGUGGCUGUAAUAAUGAAAGUAUGGUUUAAUUGUUUUGCUGUGGAAAUGUACUUUAGCCAACUGCUUGACUGCAGGGAAAUAAAUGGCUAUAGAUGGAAAAUCAAA